UAUCUCGAAAACUGCGCGAGAAUUCGCGGUUCCUAUGCACCGACUACGCCGGCGAUAGUAAGGUAGAAAAUCACUUUUUUAACGAUAACCUAAUGGCCGGAAGCUUAAUCCUAUAUAGGAGCAGGCUUUAUCUAAAGCGUUUUCUUAAACGUAAUCCUAAGUACUAUAUACGACGCCGGCGAGCCCUUAACGUCGAAAGGGCUAGUGCACUUAAUAAAACCGUGGUAGAGAGGCAUCUAAAAAAGAAGCUAUUUAAUGGAUCUAUCAUAAAACGCGAAUCUAUCACGGUUUUAGAGGCUAUUUCGGCUAAUGGUUUUACCUACCCGCCACUUAUAAUCCUAAGUCCUCUCGAUGUCGGUGUGUUUAGCGUAUAUAAACACUGUUAUAGUGAGGCUGUAGAAGCUACUAUAAUGACUAGAUGCCGUAAAUUCUCUAAGGAUAAAUUUCUACACUUAAUUAGAGAAAUUAGACGGAAAACCUUCCGCCUCUGGCCUAUUAAUCCUAAGCUUAUUACGGAUAAAUUAGAGUCCCAGUUAUUCACAACUGAAUCGGAGCUUAAGAAGGCCCUUGACGGCGAUUCUUCACAACGAUUAACUGCUCCGCAGUACGACGAGCUCACUAAAUAUCUCCAGAGUGGUGCUCGCUACGCCCGGUACGAUGCUUCUCGUCGUUAUGCAUAG